UGGAAUAAAACGAACAACUCUUUCACGUUCGCUUCGGGCCCUUCUGAUUUUAUUCCAAACAAACUCCAAACAUUUGAUGCAGUUCACAGUAAACAAUUGUUACUCCAUCCUGAGUACUUGCUUUACACUUUUAUAAUUGGUAAGAAUCUUUGAAAUAGUAAAAUGCCGAAAUACUAUUGUGACUACUGCGACACAUACUUGACCCACGACUCCCCAAGUGUUCGAAAAACUCACUGUCAGGGUCGUAAGCACAAGGACAACGUGAAGUACUUCUACCAGAAAUGGAUGGAAGAGCAGGCGCAACACUUGAUUGAUGCAACAACAGCUGCAUUCAAAGCUGGAAAAAUAGCGUCAAAUCCAUUUGCAGCGAGCAAGGGUGCAGCCAUUCCCCCGCCACCAAGUCUGGGCCCAAGACCCGGUGUUCCACCCCAGGCACCGAUGGGAAUGAUGCCACCACCUGGAAUGCAUCCAGGUGGUCCAAUGCCCCCAGGUGGACCGAUGAUGAUGGGACCACAUGGCCCUAUGCCAGCAAUGAUGGGCAUGCGACCACCGAUGAUGGGACCAAUGGGACCCAUGAUGGCUCCCAUGGGACCCAUGGGACCCAUGAGACCACCCAUGAAUGGACCUCCACCUCCCAUGACUGCUCCACCCCCCAUAAAAAAAUAAUUACAUCUAGUUUAAAAUUCACCAUUAAUUUACCAUUUGAUUCUGAUGUGUACGUGACUGUGUAAAUAAAUUCGUCAUUUUUAUGAGAAUAAUUGCGUUGGGAAAUAAAUUAACCAUUAAUUUCACUCAGUAAAA